UGGCAGCUGGCGGCUCGCAGCGAAAGGCUUUCCCCCUCUCUAUCUCUCUCUCUCUCUCUCUCUCUCUGUGUGUGUCUCUCUCUCUCUCUGUCUCUCUCUCUCCCGGCGCUUGGACAGUGGAAUUAUGAGCAGAGCUGACCCAGUCUACAUCACCCUGUCUUGAAUCUGUUUCUCUUUUCCACACCGCGAGAAAUUAAACCGACCAUGGAGAUUGGAGUCCGCAUACUCUUGGCUUUCCUCAUCCCCCAGGUUGCCCGUGUAGGGGGCCAAGAGGAUGGAGGCCGUGAGGGCUGUGUACCUGGCUUCCAGGUCAAACACUACCAGGUGGCGUACAGUGAAGCUUUCCAGAAAGGCCAGGCGCUUAUACAAGUCGAGUUUGAUGACUGUGCGGGGAACGAGGACGUGAAGUUUGAGGUGUCGGACCCCAGCUUCCUCGUGGACGGAGAUCUGAAUCUGGUUCCUCAGCGGGAUGUCCCGUCCAGCCAGCCUGUCCUGUUCAUCCACGGGCUCAGUGCACAUGCAGAUGACAUGGCACAGGUGGAAAUCACUAGACUGCCGGUUCAGAUGCCACACACUCUCAGGAAUAUCCUGGGUGUUGGCCAGACACUGCCAUUCAGAUCUAAGCGAUCCCUGCUGGUCCCUCCUAUGAUCAUAACUGAGAACCAGAGAGCUCCCUUCCCCAGGACCAUUGGCAAGUCUCAUGUGAUUUCAACAGAGAAGUUAGGGAACCAUAUCUUCCGUCUGACAGGCCCCGGUGCUGACCAGGAUCCCAAAGGUCUCUUCACCAUUGAUGCAGACACAGGAGACGUGUCAGUCAGCCGCUCACUGGACCGGGAGGCCAUUGACUCCUACCAGCUGGAAGUUUCGACCACAGACUUCGCUGGGAACCUUGUCGAGGGACCGGCCCUACUAGUGAUCACUGUCAUCGACCAAAAUGACAACCGGCCCAUCUUCAAAGAGACACGCUACACAGGAGAGGUGCUCGAGGGAUCCCCUACAGGAACCACGGUGAUGACGAUGACUGCGUUGGACGCAGACGACCCCGCCACGGAUAACGCGGCAUUGCGCUACAACAUCGUCAGGCAGUCGCCGGACAAGCCUUCCCCCAACAUGUUCUACAUCGAUGCCGAGAGAGGCGACAUUGUCACCGUCAUCUCCCACCAGUUGCUUGACAGAGAGACUCUGCCGACCACAACAUACGAGUUAGAGAUUGUGGCCAAGGACAUGGCAGGAAGUGAGGUGGGCCUAACAGGAACAGCCACGGCUACCAUUACCAUCACAGACAAGAACGACCAUGCCCCCGAGUUCACACAUCCGCUGUUUGAGGCCUCUGUGUACGAGGGCUCGACGGGUGUGGUGGUGAACCUGACGGUAGACGACAGAGACGACCCAGACACGGGGGCGUGGAGAGCGAUCUACUCUAUAAUUAACGGAGAUCCCACACUGAGCUUUGAGAUCCAAACUAACCCAGACAAUAAUGAGGGAAUGCUGUCCGUUGUCAAGCCACUGGACUACGAGGCCCCCGUGGGUCACACGCUACUCAUCAAAGUGGAGAACGAGGAUCCUCUGGUUCCAGAUGUUGGCUAUGGCCCCAGCUCCACUGCCACUGUCCGUGUCACAGUCCUGGACAUCAACGAGGGCCCCGUCUUCUUCCCCAACCCCCUGACAGUCACCAGGAUGGAAAACAUUCCUUUGGGCAGCUUAGUGGCCUCACUCAACGCCACAGAUCCAGAUACAUUACAGAUACAGAGCAUCAGGUAUGCUGUUCUGCGAGACCCAGCCGGCUGGCUGAGUGUGAGCCCAGUCACGGGAACUGUCAACACUUCGGCCUUGCUGGACCGCGAGUCCCCUUACGUCCAUGACAAUAAAUACACAGCUGUCUUCAUCGCCACAGAUAACGGCAGCCCUCCAGCCACAGGUACCGGCUCAUUGGUCAUUCACCUGGAAGACUACAACGACAACGCCCCCUAUGUGGUACCAUCGGUAGCGCGAGUGUGUGAAGACGCCCAUGAUAUGAAUGUGGCCAUAGUAGGGGGGCGGGACAAGGACCUCCCGCCCAACGCUGCACCCUUUAAGAUAGAACUUGGAAAACAGCCCGGCCUGGAUAAAACAUGGAAGGUUACCAGGGUCAACUCCACACACUCCCAAAUCAUGCUUUUGCACAGUCUGAAGAAAGCCAACUACCAGCUCCCAUUGCUCAUCACUGACUCGGGGGUGCCCCCUUUGUCCAACAACACCGAGGUCAAAGUUCAAGUGUGCGUCUGUAAGAAGAACAAGAUGCACUGCAGCUCCGCCCACUCCCACCGCGCCCGUCUUCUCGUGCUGCUCGCGACACUCCUGCUCGCCCUACUCUGCCUGUAGAUUCUGCCGAAACCUCCCGUAGUCCUUUUUUUGCAACACUGAAAAGCAACGACUUAUCUCCCCCACGCAAACCAGGCUUAGGAGAGGAGAAGUAGAAGAAGAAGACGUAAAAAGAAGAUGAAGAAGCGAGAAGAAGUCUUCUCACCACGUCAAAUCAAACAAGAAAAUACACUGAAUCCCCACUGGCACAAAUGCUGUAUAACACCACUCUGUUUUCCUUUUUUUUUUUUUUUUUUUUAAUCUCUCUCUUAUCCUCUCACCACUCUCGUCUCCUUCUCUUCAUCUCUGCUUUCCUUUGUGGCAUGUGUCCUUCCCCACUUCAGUCGUCUCUCAUCUCACGGCCUCGUGACUAUCUUUCCUCUCCCCUGUACACUUCGUCCAAAAUUCUUCUUUUUUGUUCUUUUUUUUUCCUUACAGUUUUCAUUGUAUUCUAUUCUGGCUGCACGCCAUCACGCUGGCGGACAGACCGUGGGUGUUAGCAGCGUUCAUAGCAACAUGCCACAUCCGUAGGAGAUACUUGAAACAACAUGUAUAUUGAUAUUGUAACAAAACAAAAGCUAUGAAUCAAUUUCUUAUUGGACCUCACCUUAAACCUCUGGUCUUUUUUCCCACAGUUCCUCCGAAACCUCUCGCUCCAUCCCCAGUUAACCCCUUUUCUCCUCCUUCCCUCCUUUUCCCUUCCCAUAGCUACCUCUUUUCCUCCGUUUUCUUUCCUUCCCUCAACCCUCCCCGUGCAUAUGCAGUACAUCAUCCCGCUAUCUAUCUGCCUCACCCUUGCCUGUCUCCCCCACUGCUCCCGUCUACUGUACCCAUCGACCUCUCUCUGUCUCUCGGCGGGCCAGGGAACACUGCAAAAGGCUGAGCUACCGUCCCGGUCGGGGGGAAAAGAGCAUUGACUUUUUUUUGAUGUUUUCCCUUCUUUUUCCUCGUCCCAGACUGUGUUUGAUCUCGUUUCCCUCUUUAAGCGGAAGAAAACAAAGCCUGCUUCUCUGUCUGCAGUGGUUGUGGUCUUUUAGGAAAAAGGUGGUAGCCAUAAGCCUUCAAAGUCAGAAACUCUGGAGUCGUUUCUUGGAUUUGCUUCUGUUUUUAUUGCAUUAGUUGUCAUGGAGUGGAACACAGUAUAUCUUUAUA